GUCCACCAAGCUUAAAAAAGAAACACAACCUAAGCCGGCCAUAACCGAGGUUUUACCUUGGCAACUUUUGGCCGACGGGAAUUCCAGUUUGCAUGAAAGUAUUCUUCAGAUGGGAAUAUCUUCCCUCGCUGCCCUCAGCCAGCUCUCUGCUCUCACAUCCGCCUGCCCACUGCUUAUACAAACUGUCAGCGUCGCCAUCGCUGCUCUGGGCAGGUGCUCCCGCUCAUCUCUCCCCGUUUCAGACAUUCCAUUUCGCCAUUUACCCGAGUCAUGCACGUCGCACUCGCCUACGGAUAGCGAGUCUCCUCAGUGGUUGAACGGCUGCCAUAACAGGAACGGAAACCUUGCGGGCCGACGACCAAUGGACACAGUGAAAAGAGUUUCGGAGAUGGCUUCUGAUUCUUUUCUCUCUCCAUGUUCUGUCCUAAAAGUUUAGUACCUAGCCCGUCUUCAGCCUCUCUAGCUGCUACUAGUCCGCUGUUAGAGCUGUUCAUCAACAUGAAACCCGUUCUCUCAUUCCGUUGCCGAAUC